UUGCCGCGCGCACUCCCCGGCCGGGCCAGUCCCAGCUCGGCAAUCGGUCGGUCGAGAUGUCGCUGUCGGACUCUCCGCCGCGCUGGGCCCCCACCCAUGUGCAGGUAACGGUGCUGCGGGCCCGGGGGCUGCGGCCCAAGGCCAAGGGGGCCGGCGGCGGCAGCGACGCCUACGCGCUGAUGGCGCUGGGCAAGGAGAAGUUCGCCACCUCGGUGUCGGAGCGCUGCCUGGGCUCGCCCGUCUGGCGGGAGGAGGCCACCUUCGAGCUGCCCCCCCGCCGGCCCGGCCACGGCGGCGAGCCGGCCCUGCAGCUCACCGUGCUCCACCGCGCCCUGCUCGGCCUCGACAAGUUCCUGGGGCGGGCCGAGAUCCGCCUGGCCGAGCUGCAGGAGGAGGGCGGCCGCCGCAGCACCCGGUGGUAUACACUUCACUCCAAACCUGGCAAGAAGGAAAAAGAGAGAGGAGAGAUUGAGGUGGAUAUUCAGUUCAUGAGGAGCAACAUGACAGCCAGCAUGUUUGAUUUAUCCAUGAAAGACAAGUCCCGGUCUCCAUUUGGCAAGCUGAAAGGCAAACUCAAAGGAAAGCGGGCCAAUGGACUGCCUGACACGGCAUCCGCCAUCAUUCCCAGCAUAACUCACUCGCCAGCGGAUAGCGAAGAGGAAAGCCCUGAGAAAGAAAAGAAAAAAUCCAAGAUCAAAACCCUGUUUUCUAAACCUGGUUUGCAGAAAACCUCCCUCUCCCAGUCCAUGUCAGUUUUACCUGGUUUUCAGCCAGCGACGGAGAAAGUUAGGCUUAAACCUGGUGACUUUCAGGCAAAGUGGGGGGAAGAUGAUGAUGAUGAGUCCUUUCCUCCAAAUUCAGAAAAGGCCUUUGGAAACAAAGCUGAAGAUAACUCACUUCAUGUUCCUGUACUCAUGGCUCAUAAGAGAACAGCAAGUGCAGACAAUAAGCAACUAAACGAAAUAACCUCCAGCAACACCAAGAAAGAAGGACUCUCCUUAUUCAGUGGCCUUAAAUCCAAAAAUGAUCCCACACCCCGAUCCAACGUGUGUAUCAAUGGCAAUCAUGUUUAUCGGAAGGAAAGUGAAACAAAAAAGGAAACCAUGUCAAAGGACAACACUCCUUCCUCUUCCCCUCAAACAUUCAGGAAAAACCAGCCCUCUGAAUCAGAAGAAAACCUGUCUUCAAAAUACACUAAGGAACAUGAAAAGACAGGAAGAAUGUCUCCUAGUAGAGGUUUAUCUGGGUCCCACUCAUUGGAGUCCUUUAAGUCUAUGACCCUACCAUCAUACAAACUACUUAGCGGUGGAGAUUUACUGGGAAAUAGUGCUUCGCUGAGUUUAGAAACUGAAAAAGAAGAAACUAAAGAGGACAAAAAACAAGAGAACAAGAAGUCUGCUUUGUUGUCUCUAGUCACAGGAAGAAAGGAAGUAGUGAAAAACAAUGAUGUAGAAAACAUGUCUGACAUGACUUUGAAGGAGAGAGAAGCCAAACUUCUUGAAGAAAAAAAGAAUGAAAAAGAGGUAAAACCUGUUGAAAUCCCUAAGGACUAUAACCAAGAAAGUACUCCAAAAAACAGCAACACAGCAGAUAUUCCCAGAAACAAGAAAUCGCAUAACCCAUUUGAUGAAUCGCUCAUGGAAGAAGAACAGAAACCAGACAAGUCUGCAGCCUCUGCAAGGACAAUCCAAACCAAAGCUGUCAAACCCAGACUGGGAGUGUCUUCAGAGGAUGAAACCGAAGCCACGCUUCCUACUUCUGAACCUGAUUCCCUUUCUGCUUUCCUUUCUGCACAUCAUUCUAGUAAUGACAAUAACCCUUUCACUUCUAAAUUGGGACAAAAAAUUAAAGCACGAGACUCUAGUAGCCCUCUUCCUCCAUCUCUCAUUUCUGGACAACGUUCUAAUGAUAACGCUUUCAUUUCUGACUGGGAACAGGAAUCCAAAGCACAAGACUCGGAAAGCUUCACUAGUCCUCUCUUGUAUUUCCCCCAUCCUCCUGCAGCUCUGGGGCAUGUUUCUUCUCCUCUCCUUUCUACUCACCUUUCUAUUGACAAUAAUCCUUUUGUAUCUAAACUGGGACAGGAAUCAAAAGUGCAAGACUUCAAAAGCUUUACUAGUCCUCCCUCUUUCUCCCUUCCUUCUGCUGUUUCUAGCAAAAGCUAUUGUUCCUUUGCAAUAAACUUUGCUGAUUCAGAGCACCCUGCUUUUGUUUCUUCAGAGGAGUCUCAAAAUGAAAGUUUGACUAAUGAUACAAAUACUGUAUCAAAUUCUCUGGGGUCACUGUCUGAGUCAUCUCCUCUACCUGUGUACGAAAGGGUUGGGCAGACCCCAAAGAAACAGUGUGAUGCCAAAGAGGUACAGAUGGUAUCACCGGAUAAAAAAAAUAACAGUGGCGUUAAGAAAUCAGUGACCUUUCAUCUUGAUGAGUUGGAAUAUACUGAUUCCAGCAGAAAUCAUGCUGAGGCUUUAGACAGAGAGCAGCGUGAGAGAUGGCAUCCUGAUCCAUGUGAAGAAAUGUUCACUACUGAUCCAACCAUAACAGAAAAGAGAGAAGGGUUUGCCUCUGUGCUGGGUAUGGAGUGCUACCGUUCAUCUAAACUCUGUGAUGAAAGUAGUUCUGUUCAGAACAGUGAGAGCACUGUUCAGGAUGACAUUGAAGCCAGCAGUACGAGUGCUGAAACCUGGAUGAAAGAUGGCAAAGAACUGACUUCUCUCUCCAAGUCUAAUUAUAGCCUUUCACCUGGGAAUGCUGUAAUACAGCCAUCUUCUGCUGAAAGCAAAUUAAACGAGGAGCAAGAACUAUAUAGUGGAAAGAAAAGUAAGCAUUCACUCAACAUGGAAGAAUUUGGGCUCGCAUUACAGUCCAAGGUAACUCAUGCCAUCAAAAGUGACUCUUCAGUUCAAGUAGAGCCGCCAAAACCAACUCCAAGAGUUCACACGUUGCUUCCUAAGGACCCUAACAUGUCAGAGGAUGUUAGUGAGCUCAAUCCUCUAUUUGCAAAGCCAAAGCCUGCCCCAAGAAUUGCAAAGCCAAAGCCUGCCCCAAGAAAUGCAAAGCCAAAGCCUACCCCAAGAAAUGCUGUAAAACUAGAUAAGUGUGCACCUGUUUCUCUGACUGGUAGACUGAAAGAUGAAGAGCUGCUUACUCCAUCUGACAGCACAAUGUCUGGGUCUGGAUUUGUGUUUCAUAGAGAGAAUCCCAUGAACCCACAUGAAAACCCAGCAGGUGACAGCUUAUUAAAAACAGCCACUCGGUCAACUACACAUCAUCUUGACAGAGAUGAUAGCAAUAAUGGACCCUUAAAACACAAAACUUAUGGUCAUGAUGAUUCAUUAUUUGACUCUGGAACAGACCUUAAGUCUGCCAUUCCAGUUACUGGAGAUCAGAGUCUAACACAUGUUGGCCUUCCAGUUAUUCCAGAAGUAGGAUCAGAUGAUGAGCUUCUAGACAGCUCUCAAAAGAACAAUGAAAUGACUGCAAUUUAUAAAAGUUUUCCAAAUACAGAAAAUCAAUGUAUAGAUUCAUUGUCAGUCACUGAGGUAGAAAAACUCAGUUCAGGUAUGAGCUCUACUGAUAGAGCAAGUAUAUUACUUCAGAAGGGAGAAGGUGGUCCUGAAGAUACUUUUAAAUCUAGCAAAUCAUCCAAACUAAAUUCAAUAGUAGACAUUCAUAGUGCAAGCAGCAAGACUAGUGAGUCAGGUUUAGAUAUCCUGUCUUAUCCCAGUGAGCAUGGAUGUGUUGUUGAGGAACAGGAACUGAAGGAAUCUAGCAGUAUUAAGGAAAGUAGGAAGAGUGAUUUUUUUGAGUCCUCUGAAAAGUCUGUUUCUUUUACCUCCCUGUCCAGUUCUUCCCAACUCUCCCUUUCCUCUAGUUCCCCCCAAACUGGCUCUUGCGACAGUAGUAGAGCAGAAUCAGUGAAAAAGCCACCAGCAGAGAGCUUCAAUCAUAAAGUCGAAAAUGCUGGCAAGAAGAAGGUGCUUCGGGCAUGGGUUUCACCCUCUGAGACACUUCCCAAUCAAACACAACAGAGUGGUGGAAGUGUGUCUGUUAAGCACAGACCUCAUCCUGUGAAGCCAAUGAACACCACAGCAAAUAAGUCGCAUACUAAAAAUUUGACCACAACCACAAAAAUGGAUGAAAACUGGACUGAGAGCAAUAGAAAGAAAUAUGAUCCUUCGGAACCUGCCUAUGCUUAUGCUCAAUUAACACAUGAUGAGCUGAUCCAGCUGGUGCUGAGACAGAAGGAUACCAUUACAAAGAGAGAUCUCCAGGUGCGGGAGCUAGAAAACUACAUUGAUAACUUGCUUGUCAGAGUCAUGGAAGAAACUCCCAACAUUCUUCGGGCUCCAUCUCCAAAAAAUAAGGCUGGAAGGAUGUAAAACCUCUGCCAGUAAACCUGAAUAAAGGACUGGACUCCCAUCUUAUUACUCAAACUUCACAGAUAGAUAAUGUGAAGUUGCUGAUGUUCUGGUACCUGCUGCCUACAAAAAAAAAAAAAAUCACUUUUCCGUGUCUCUUGCAAAAAGUUGAUUCCACUUAUCUGGAGACUAGUUAAUAAUUAUACCAGGUCUUGAAUACAUAAGCCAAAAAUACAAUAGUCAGAAGUCUUCCACCUUUCUUUCUGGUACACUGUAAAUAUUUUACCACCACCUGGCAGGCAUUGUUAAAGAAUGUAAUCAGAGGCCUGAGAUUCAUGUGGCUGUGAAUGUUUUUGAAGCCACUUUUCUCAGUGAGGCACUGAUAGUUGUUGGCUUCUUUAUUUUAUUAGUUUUGGGAGUUUAGCUUAAGGGUUGGUGUUUUAAAAACUGAACCGGGUUUCUCAGACUAAGAACAACAGUUGUUCUUAAUUCUAAGACUUAAGUUGUAGUGCAAUAAGCCAUCGCAUACACUAAUUCAAGGAUUUGAUUGCUUUGUUCAAAUAAUUAUAUUACAGAAGUUGAAAAGCACUCCAGAAAGAGGUUUGGGAACCAUAAGUUGCCUUAUUGUAAAAAAAUUUAAUGCCCUUUAAACAUACUGUAAAAUUGGAAGGCCUUUAAAUCUACAGAAAAUGUGACUACUAAUGAAGUGUCUACAUCUCAUUUUGGGAAGGGAAGCUCAAAGCCUGUAUAAACCUAGUGUUGAAAAAUUUCAAAGCAGUGCUCUGAGCAGGCUCUUAUAGCUGCUUUAAUAUAGCAAAAAUCAAACAAAGAUAUAACUGCCAUUCGACUACAUGAUUAAAGAACAGUUACAAAUUUUAGACGAUACAGGUCUGUCGCAUCUUAUGCGCAUUUAACAUGCGCGAUUUCAACUUUACGUGGUCGGCAAAAACAAAAAAGAGAAAAAUAACAAUUUUAAUACUAUACCUGUAGUGCGGGUGAAAUUGGAUUUUGGCUAUACGCGGUUUUCGCUUUAUGCGCUAACCACAGAACGGAACCCCACGUAAGAUGAGACAGACCUGUAUAGUGAUCUGAAUUAGGAGCUGUUUUGUUUCAUAGCCAUCAUAUUCCUGAUUUGAAGGUUCUUGUUCAAACUAGGGGGCACACAACUCCCUUACAGUUUACUCUGUAUCCUAUAUAAACAUGUAUGCACCUGUUUCCUUCGUGGUACACAUGCUUAGUUUGUUUAUAUUGCUAUGCUCAGCAAGUCGAAGAUUUCUCUGUUGUGCCACUAAAGAUCAUAAAUUUUUAAACAUGCUGUAUUUGGGAAACUAGGACCUACAGUAUGGAACAACUGUCCAAGUUGAUCCAUAUGGAUCAUCUAAAGUGUGUGUGUGUGUGUGUGU